AUGGCAAUGCUUCCAACCAUGUGGUGGCAGUGGAGUUCGAUACCCUUCAGAAUCGUCAAUCGGAAAUGGAGAGAACUAAUCGGAGAAGAAAGGGGUAAUCUGGAGGAUGAAAGUAAGCAGCAAAUAGAGAUCACCAGGACUACUGUCAGGAAUCUGCGUAUCCGGGAAGACACUGCUAAAUAUCUUCUCAAUCUUGAUCCAAAUUCUGCCCACUAUGAUCCCAAAACCCGGUCCAUGCGUGAAGAUCCCCUUCUUGAUAUGGAUCCCAAAGACAAAUUCUAUGCCGGGGAUAACCAUAAUAGAUUAAGCGGUGAAGCACUCGAGUUAUUGAAUCAUCUCCAUAUUCAUAUGCAAUCUGAAGCAGCGCUAGCUCCCUCCCAAGCCGAAUUGCUCUAUAAAAGCUAUAGAAUCAGUAAGGAGAAGUUGGAGUCUCAAAGAAGGGACACCAUCUUGGAGAAAUAUGGGAAUGCAGCUAACGAGGAAACACUGUCCCCAGAACUUUUACUGGGUCAAAGUGAUAUUCAAGUAGAAUAUGAUCGGUUUGGGAGGAUUGUUAAGGAAGAUGAGAUGUUACUCCCAACAAGCAAAUAUGAAGAGGAUGUUUACAUUAACAAUCAUACCAGUGUUUGGGGUUCUUGGUGGAAAGAAAAUGCAUGGGGUUAUAAGUGCUGCAAACAAACAAUUAGAAACACUUAUUGUACACUAGGAAGAUAA